AUGAUGAAGUCUAUCCUCUCUCUCGCACUCUAUACAGCUACCGCCCUAGCCCAGGGCAUCUACAUCAACUCCCCCGCCGCCGGCACGGAGCUCCAAGCCGGAGAAACAGUAACAGUGCAGCUUGUCCGUCCGGUCUUCAGCGAAAAUGUCGCCGAAAUCGGCAUCGCCAUCGGCAUCGAAUCCUGCUCUGGUUCCUCAGGGUGCCCCAAACCCGACUCCGAGAUCGGAAACCUCCUCUACAGCGGUCCCUAUGACCCGCAGUCCAACGGACCUCCUGACCCGUAUGAGAACUUCACUAUCACGGUGCCGGAUGUGACGGGGCCUGCGCAGAUUGGUGUUGUCAGGCCGUUUUUGGUUGGGCUAUCGUAUGAGUUUGUGGUGGGGACUGCAGUGACGAAUGUUACGAUUGUUUGA